AUGGCUGCCGCCCAGGACGUCAGUCUGAGGAUCGUGCUGGUCGGGAAGACCAGAAGUGGGAAAAGUGCUACUGCAAACGCCAUCCUGGGGGAAAAAGUAUUCGACUCUAGGAUUGCUGCCCACGCUGUUACCAAAACUUGUCAGAAAGCAUCCCGGAAAUGGAAGGGAAGAGACCUUCUCGUUGUUGACACCCCAGGGCUCUUUGAUACCAAGGAGAGCCUGAACACCACCCGCAGGGAAAUCAGCCGGUGUAUUCUCGUCUCCUGUCCUGGGCCUCACGCCAUCGUCUUUGUCCUGAAGCUGGGCCGCUACACACAGGAAGAGCAGCAAACCGUGGCGUUGGUCAAGACUCUGUUUGGGAAAGCAGCCAUGAACUAUAUGAUCAUCUUAUUCACUUUCAGAGAACACCUGGGGGACCAGAGCCUGAGCGACUUUUUGAAGCAUGCAGAUGUAAACCUACAAAGCUUCCUCCAGGAGUGUGGAGACCGCUGCUAUGCCAUCAGUAACAGCAGAGAGACAGAGCAAGCUGAGAGGGAAGCUCAGGUGCAGGAGCUGCUGGAGCUGAUAGACAAGAUGGUGCAGAACAACCAAGGGACUUACUUUUCUGACCCCAAGUACAAGGGCGCAUUGGAAAGCCUGAGAAAGCUGGAGGAAGUCUUGAAUAAAAGAUAUGCUGAUCAAUUAGAAAUAGAAAUCCAAAAAGUGGAAAAGGAGUGUGUUCAAGCAUGCGAGAAGAUUAUGCAGGAAAAAGAGGGGAAAAUUAAAUUACUAAAGAUGGAAUAUGAAGAAAAACUAAGAAACAUUAGGAAGGAGGCUCAAGACAAUAUAUUUAGCCAUGUAUUUGGUGAAAUUAUGAAGCUUCUUUCAAGAAUAUUUCCUUUGUUCAAGAAGUAA